AUGAAACAAAACUCUGAAAUUUAUUUGUGUAAAUUGCAUUACUUAGUCGAAGAUAGAUGGGAUUGUAUGAAUACAGGAUAUAUUAAUUUUAAUUCAAAAGUUCUUAAUAUGAUUUAAUAAUUUAGAAUGAAAUGAUACUUAUAGAGAAAGAGACAAGCAUGGAAGUGUUUGCUGUUUCAGUAAAUUAAUAAUAUAAUUUUACAUUUGAUGAAGGUAAAACUCAUUUUUUUUAUUUUUAGAGGAAGCAAUUUAAUUUUAAUUUAAUGAUUAUUAUGCACUUAGUUUUCAAAGCAAAUAAGGAGCUUAAAAUGUUUGGAAUAAAAUUCAAAAUAUUUUGAAUGAAGAAGAUGAUGAUGAAUCUAUAGUUUUGACUCCUGUUAAUGAAAAUAAUCUUCCUCUUAUCUUAGAAACUAUGAAUAAAUUAGUUUAAAGUGGUAAUUAAGCAAAAUAAAUUUUGUCAAGUUAUUUACUAAAUAAAAAAGUAAAUAAAUAAAAUGAAAAUAGGAUUAUUUAGAUAUGUUGAUUAUUUAAUUUAAUAAAUUAGAAUAAAAUAAUAAUCAAGGAUUAUUAUAAAUAAUGUGUUAAAUUGUUAAAAAUGUAAAUUGUAAUUUUUUAUUUAGAUUGUAACUGUUUCUGAGCAUGAAUUAUUUCAAAUUCUAUUAAGUGAUUAAUAUUACUUAUUCAUUUUUGGAGCUUUAGAAUGUAUAUAUUAAAAUUAUAAUUUUAUAGAUGAUGAAGAAAUGACAAAAAAGAAUUUUGUACCACAUCGAUAAUUUUUUGAGAAGAAUGCACAAUUUUUACAAGUAGUCCAAAUUAAGAGUAAAGAGCGAUUGAAAACCAUUCACUUCAUAUAUCGACUGUAGUACUUGCGCGAUUGUGGUUUAGCCUACUACAUCGACGAGUGCCAGUUGAUGUUAAUUAAGAUAGUUUUAAGUAAUAAAAAUCAUGAUAGAUUAUUAAGAGUUGCUAUAUGGAUCUCUUAAAAUACAUUGAAAAUUCUAAAGAAUUUUUUAUUGACCUUAUUGAUCAAUUCAGAAAUUUCAAUUUCUUAGCUUUAAAAUUUCUUAUAGAAAUAUGUUCAGUUUUUAAAGAAUUCUAAGAUGUUAAUAUUAAUUCUUAUUAUUUUUAGCUAAAUAAAACUGUUAUUUAUUAAAAAUUAGGAGAGUAUGGAUUAUAUGAAAUUAUUGAAGAUUAUUUAGUUGAUUCACUUUAAGGUUUUUAAAAACAAAAAUCUAAAUUUAAAAAAAUGAAAUUAAAAAUCUAAGUAAUCUAAUUCAUUUUAAAUUAGGAUGAAAUUUUAUUAAAAAUACCUACCAUGAUAUUAGAACUUGUUAUUUCUUGUCUAUAAAAUUAUCCUAUCAAUUUUAGAAAAUAUAUUAUCAGUGAACAUUAAUAAGUACUCAAAUAUCCAUUAUUUAAUUUAAUUGUUGAAAAUGCAUUCAAAAAUGAUUUAUAUCUAGAAAUUUUAAAAUUGUUAAUCGAUAACACUUCAGAUGAACAAAAUGAUACUCUUAAUUGCUUCUUAUCAUAAUUUUAUCCUAAAUUAUCACAAUACAAUUCUUAAGAAUUUAAAGUUGAAUAAAAAACAUAAUUUGUUGAAAUUUCUUUGGGUUUAGCUAGAAAUUUAAAAACUUCUGUAAAAGAAGUCUUGAUUUUAAAUUAAACUACUUUCAAAAUUGGAUUUAUUUUAUAAGAAAAUAAUAAAAUUUUACAAACUAAAUGUUUGCAAUUUUUUAAAAUUAUGAUUUUAUAAAGAGAUGAAGACUUAAAUAAAUAAAUUAUUAUGGCAUUACCUAAUUUGAUAUCUCCACUUCUUGUAUAUAAAGGUUUAAGAGAAAAUUUAAUAUUUUCACAAUUAUUAGAAAUAAUAAAGAUCAUUUAUGAAGGAGGCAAUCAAAAUAUAAUUAGAUAACUUGUAAAAUAAAUUUCUCUUAUUUUUAGGAAUAAGAAUUAAAGUAAUGGGAAUAGCAUUCUAAUUAUUAAAAAAUCCAAGACAUCUUCAAAACCAUUAAAAAUAACUGUUUGAAGAAUUAAUUCAGUAAUUUAGCUUCAGAGUCGAAACCAUAGCAUUAAAUAAAUUAUAAUGUUGUUGAUGAUGAAAUUGAUUUAUUCAAAUCUGUCUAAGGUCAUAGUACCAAUCUACAUAAAUAACCUUUAAAAAAAUUAGUUGACUAUGAUGAUGAAAUUGAAGUAAUAAGUAAGAAGACAAAAAUAGAUUGAGAUUAUA